AUGCCAGGCCGGUGGGUUGCCACGCCAUGCCAGGAGGUCUGUAUGGGAGGAGGCGGCUGCACCAGGCCUGGUGGUCGCCAUGCCAUGACGGGAGUCCGCUGCAGAAGGUUGCCACUUCACACUGGGAGGCCGCUACGGGAGGAAGCCGUUGCAACUGGCUGGCAGAUCACCAAGCCACACUGGGGGGCCGCUGCACCAGGCCGAAAGUCGUCACCAGGAAUCAUCAUCGGCGGCCAGGAGUUGUCAGAGGCUGUGAAAGAAGAAGGAAGAAAAAGCACUCAGAAGAAGAAAAGAAGAAGAACAGGCAGAGCGGAUGAGCUGCAGCUGGAGCGUCCUACUCCACCGGCACCUUGGAAAGUUUUACAGGCAAAAUACAGAAUUGGUCAGCUGUACAUGAUCAGCAAGCACAGCCAUGAGCAGAGUGACAGAGGAGAGGGUGUGGAGGUCGUGCAGAAUGAGCCUUACGAGGAUCCUACACAUGGCAAUGGACAGUAUACAGAAAAGAGAGUUUACCUCAACAGCAAACUUCCUAGCUGGGCUAGAGCGGUGGUACCAAGAAUCUUUUAUGUCACUGAAAAGGCCUGGAAUUAUUAUCCAUAUACCAUCACAGAAUACACAUGCUCCUUUUUACCUAAGUUCUUCAUUCAUAUUGAAACAAAAUAUGAAGAUAACAACGGUUCAAAUGAUAAUGACCUUAGGUAUUUUAAAUCAGAGAAGACACAGCGAGGCAUGCUGAAAGAAGGCUGGAGGGAAACUCAGAAGCCGAUUAUGUGUUCUUAUAAACUGGUGACUGUUAAAUUCGAAGUCUGGGGACUUCAGACAAGAGUAGAGCAAUUUGUACUCAAGGUAAUCCGGGAUAUACUGAUGAUUGGCCACCGACAAGCUUUUGCCUGGGUCGAUGAAUGGUAUGACAUGACAAUGAACGAAGUUCGAGAAUUUGAACGAGCGACUCAGGAAGCCACCAACAAGAAAAUUGGAAUUAUUCCUCCUGCGAUUACUAUCAGCAAUAUAGUUAUGCCUUCGUUAGCCCGCAGUGGACCUUCUAGUGCCCCGACCACACCUCUUGCCUCAGAAGCUCCAGAAUUUCUGGCCAUUCCCAAGGAUCGACCUCGAAAAAAGUCUGCUCCAGAGACUCUUACCCUUCCCGAUUCUCAGGAGAAACACCGUGCUGCCAUGGUACCUGAUAUUGAAGCCUCUGGCGAGCCAUCUGAGCCCAAGCACAACUGAUUUUUGUCUCUGACCUUUGGCUUUGUUUUCAGAUUUCAGUAUAAGAUUUUUUUUUAAUUCAUUAUCUUUUUACUUCUUAAUUGAUAUGUCCUGUUUUCUUGACCCCGAAUAUAUUUCACAAAGGAAAUAAUGUAUUCUACAUCCGGUUUUUGUUCAUUAAAUUAAAUAAGAAGCUUUUCACCAAACGGUAAGAUCAGUGUAGAGUGCACAAAUUUUACAAAUUAAAUUCUCCAGAUGCUGAUGACAAGCCAAGUCUCUUGCCACUACCUCAUAUUGAAAAUGCAUGAAAGGUUUAUCUAACGUUUUCCUGGCUUUGAUUUGCAUGAGCUUAAAAUCAAGAACAACGCUACAUGAUUUUCCAAUUUCCACUGGAAUAUGGGUGAGGUUGCUGGAUUAUAGCAGGAAGAGUUAUCUCUACAUAUUUAGCAUUUACACAUCAGUAUUUCAAUACAAUAAAGUUUAAGCACAUUUAAAAAGCUCUUGUGUGAGCUGGGAAAUGGUUGUGUUAGGUCAGCAGAUACGCAGCAAGAAGUGUUUUGAUAACUUGAGACUGGAAUCAUUUGCUCACUCCUUGUGGAAAUUAGCAGCAGCUAGCCAGGCAUAGAAAGUUCCAGAGUAGUCACAGCUGUUGUUUUAGACCUGGGUCCAUAUGCUGGUUAACUAUGUUCUUUGGCAAUUAUCAACACAACUUACCAGUGAUAGGUUACAGAAUAAAAUCAUCAAAAGACACAAUGCAGAAUUAAGCCAUAUGGCCCUUAGUGUCUUAUCGACCUUUAAAAGAGUUUUUCAAUUACUUCACUCUCCUACUUUUCCACCAGCAAUGGCCAGCAAAAUAUUCCCCUCCAAGUAUUUAUUCUGUUCCUUUGUGUAAGGUACAAUUGAAUCUGCUUCUACCACCCAUUCAGGCAGUGCAUUUCAGAUCAUAAUAACUGACUGUAUUAAAAAAUUCUCUUUAUCUUAUCUCUGGCUCUUUUGCCCGUCAAUUUAAAUGUGAGUACCAAUUCUUCUUCUGGUUCCAGAUGGUGAAGUAACAAAUCCCCCCUCCACCAACUUGCCAACUAAGUUUGCCACUCAAUGUUUCUUGAGCCAAAAAUGGAGCCAGAUUCAAUCCACAGUCUGUGAUAAAUCAGUAGAAUCUCUAUAAUUGGCCUCAGUGCCAUCGUACUAGGAUGGGGAAAAUCGACAUAGCUUGUUUCUUUUGUCCAUUAUCUAAUGGUCCCUGCUAGGAAUCUGUACCAUCUUGUUUGCCAAGACAGAGCAAGACUAGGCAGUGACAAUCUGGUAUCUUCCUUAACAGUCUAUCUUGUAUUUGAAUAUUUGCUCCAUGGGUAAAUUAAAUUUAAUCGUUGCAUCUGGAAUAUUGAGUCAAAUAGGCUUCCUAUUUUUAAAAAAUGUCAAGGCCCAUGAAUAUGGAUGUUAUUGUGUGUGAGCAUGAUAACACUGGGUUGUUCUCAGCACUUCCACAACUGCAGGUUUGGAAAAGGAGAGUCAUCAAUAGAGUUUAUACUCCCUGAAUCAGUUAAGGGUGAAUACAAAGUUUCCUUAUGUAAAGUAUUUGCCAUCUGCACUGAUAAUCCAUUUGAAAUGGAGGAUAAUUGUCACAUUCACAAGGUGAGUUUUAAAUACUUCAACUUCUAUUGAAACUCGGUUCCACUGGUGAAGCAUUUUCCAGUGUACCUUAAUUCAUUUCUUGAAACUAUUAAAGCUUCAUCCCAGAGUCGCUAAACUGUUGCUUUUCUUGGCUCCCACCAAUGUGCCAAAGAUAAGAUGUUGAUGCUGUAAUAAUUGCAGGACAAUGCAGUGUUAUGACAUAAAUCCAUCUGCUCUUCUGUUUUGCCGAGUGAAGGUGCCAAACAUCAAAAAAGACUUUUAAGAGAUAAUAUUGAGUGAAUGAUUUGUCAAUAGCAGAACUACAUACCAUGUUUGGGGCUUUUCAUAGGAGAAAUUUUAAAGAAAUCCCAAUACCAUAUUUUUGUAAACGUAGCCUGAAUUCUGCAUUUGAUUGAUUUAAUCCAUUAAAUCUUUCAUCCUUAGUUGCCCACACAAAACAAAUGCAAAAAACUAAAUCAACUUAGAUUUCAUUUUUGGUAGAAAUUUUGACAUUAUCAAGAUGAACAUUAAUCUUUAAACCCCACGCCCUAAUCCAUUUAAGAAAAAUCUUUAUAAGAAAAUGCACUGCUGAUCAUUGAUAAUCGUGCACGUAAAUGCCAAGCCAUUGAAUCAUUUUAGGAAAUAAGAAGGAAAGGAGAGGGAAAGAAGUGGACUGUUGAGUAAAAGUCAUGGCAUUUGUACUUCUUUUAAAAAUCUUGCUUAAGAAUUACUUGUUGCAUAUGAAAAAAUGAUUUUCAUUAAAAAGUACAUAAUUGUUACACUCUGCCUUUUAAUAUUCCGAUCUGAAAACAUCCUCUUUUAAUGUGUAAACAAAAGAAACCUUCUUGCACCAUUAUCAGCAGUUUUCAUUGUCUAAAGUCAUAUGCAUAUAAGUUAAUAUUUAACAAAAGUACUUUUCCUAGUCUCAGAACUUAAUUCCUCCUUUGUAUCUUUAAUAAUUGUAUAUUGGACUUAUCACUGUGUUUAACACAAUGCUGGUGAGAAUUUGAGAGCUCAGCAAGUGCGCAGCAUAAACUCUGAUAACAGAGAGGAGCCUUUAGAAAACCUGAACUAACAUAAGGGUAAAGAAGUUCAUACAGAAUUUCUCCCUCAGUGCCUCUGCAUGCUGUGCAAAUGUGUACUGUAUGUUGUUACAAUUCUAUCUGAAUUAUUAGAAUGAACGUCAGAUCUGUCUGCUUGAUUGCUCUAAUUCAGUUCUUUGUUUGGAAACAUGAAAAAAUUUACUGUGUGGUAAAUUCUGUGUACAUUCUAAUAUUUUAAUUUUUUCUGGAUUUAUUUAUUUUUACUAUCAAUAUCAUAUUAGCAAAAGGACCAAUUCAUGAUAUUAAUAUUGUUUCAAAUAUUAAAACUGAAGCAAGCAGAAAAUCCCGGUACCUUGCUAUGUUUAGCUUGUUAUUGAUGUUUGCUUUAAGCCAUAUUCAUUUGUAGUGCAGUUAUUUUGAAAUGGUGGCAUUAUGUCUUGCAGAACUCACUGAUAACAAUUGUUUUCCAGAAGGUGAAACUCCUUACUUGGGUAUGUUUCCACAAAUACAUUGCUCAAGUGGCAGUUAGUCACUUGCCUUUGAGCAAGAGCAUCUGCAAGCCAUUUUAUCCUGGGAGUGAACCUUGUGGUGUUUGUAUCUGUGCAAUUGCCAUGAGGAUCCAUAGAUCCAGCAGCUAAGGCUAACUUUCACCCUCUUUGCCCAGAAGGGAGCGAGGCCAAUGGUAGCAAUUCUGAACCUGCUCAUGCUAGAAGGACUCAAGUUCAAAACUUGAACUGGUUUUCAAUGAUCUGCAUGGGUCAACUAUUCUGCAUUGACGGUGUCAAUUUUUUUUUUCCUGAACCUUGCUCAAAAACAAUAGUGAGUCAAUUUCAAAAGCAAUUAUUCUGUUGUGAAACAGUUUGGGACAUCUUGAGGAUAUUAUUGGGGUUAUUAGAAAAGCAAGUUUCUUUUUCUCUUUUGAGCCUUUCUAGCUCAAGAGCUAAAGUUAAUAGUGUGCUGUUAAUAGAAUAUAGUUUGUUCUGAAGUUUUUUGCGCGUUAGAAAGGUGCCUUAAUUUGUGCUACCACAAAGAGCUGCUGAGGGCAUGUCAAGAGAACAGGAAAGUUAAAAGGUUGAGUUUCAAAGGCCAUCCAAAGCUACUUUCUCAAAAUUCCGAAAGGCCAAUUAAUGAAGCGAAACGUCUGGAAGCAAGUUAUUUCCCCCAUUUUCCUUGUGUGGAUAAUAUCGUGUUCUCAAGACAACCAAGAGAAGCAUAGUACUUUAUAAAAGUAUUGCUUGAUGGGGUGAGCAUUUUAUGAAAACCACCUUUUUAACAGAUAUUUCUGAACAGUUUUGAUCAAUUCUACAGGGAAACCAUUUCAGAUUACUGGGAUUUAAAGGUAUCAGCAACAGAACUUUUUGUGCACUUUCCUUCUUUUCAAUUGGAAAUGCCUGUGAAAUGUAUUUUAAAGCAUUUUUGAAAUAUAAACGUAGUAGUAGUUACUGACGGAAAUAUUUUUCAAAACAGGAUGUUGCUUAAAUAGUUUCAUAAUAGCAUGUUUGGGUUAUCUUAGUUAUCCAAACUGUAUAUUUGCUAUUUCUACUGACUCUGUUUCCUGUUAGUAGCCAGAAAUAUAAAUGUUAAAUACCAUGAAUAUUUUCUUUGAAUACUGAAAUAUAAAAAAGUUAUGUAUAAGUUUCUGGCUACCUAUAAAUGCAGAUAAUUCUUUUUACAGUAUGAACUUGUUUUCUGUAAAGCAUUACAAUUCACCUCAUACUUGGAACUUUCCACUGCUGAAUAAGCUAUAUACAAAAAUUUGGCAUUUCAAUUUAGCAGAAAAAAUGGGGAAAGCUCACCUGAUAAACAGGCCUGGUACUGAUUCUUAUAGUCCAUCAGGUGAUCAGACACCAUCUGCAAACUGUUCUGACUUAGCUGAUCUGAACUGAGUCAAUGAUUGGAUUAUUAUAAUUGGCCUCAACAUUCUGGGCUAAGAAAGGGAAAAAUUCUAAGAUCCUCCACUCUUUUGAUUCUGCAAGAAUGCAUAUGGAUGGACUUCUGGUGAACUCAGGAUCAAGCUUGUCUGUGAUUUCCACUCUCCACAGUUGAAUAAACAAAUGAAUAAAUAAUAAUUCCUUGGCUAAGUAGUGAAAGAGCUGGUGUCUGUGGAGAAUCACUGACCUUGGGAAAAGAAAUGAGCUGUUGUUUGCUGGUUGUAGAUAAAUGGCACUUUUCAGAAGUCUGAUCAUGCCAUUUGACUAUUCUCCUGGUGUCUAAUCUGAGAAUACCUUGUAGGGAGGCAAAAAAUCGACUCUUAAAAUAGGAUAUUAGAAAGUGCCAACUUUUCAAUAUAUUCAAUGGCAUAUAAUCUGCUAUGCUUGGGUUCAUAAAUGGAAAUUCCAUUCUGUGAUAAAUACAGAAUAACAUUUUGCAUAAAUUAGUACUGAAUAUACUUAGUACAAUGUAAAUAUUCUGGUAACUUGUUAAUUUAAGGGCAUGUUUCCCUGCAGCAACUGGUUUAUCUUAUUGACAGAUUCACUGUAAUAGUUUGUUACAUAGCAUGUUAUAAUAAAGCUCUGUAGAAAAAACCAUACAUUGCUUAAGGAGCAAAUUUAUCA